ACCUUCUCCAAAAUAAAACCCUCGUUCUACCUUAUGUAUAUGUUUGAGACUGUGUGCAGCCUCCAACCAAAACAGAGUCUAGAAGAUCGGUAUCAUAACGGCAACAACUUCUGUGCCGCAUACAACACAAACCCUAGAAGCGAACGUGUUUUAGGGAAGGUUGAUAGGGUGCGAUGGUUCAGUAUAAUUUUAAGAAGAUUACUGUGGUGCCAAAUGGGAAGGAUUUUGUUGAUAUCAUCCUCUCUCGUACCCAGCGGCAGACACCGACUGUUGUGCACAAGGGAUAUGCAAUUUCGCGGCUCCGCCAAUUCUACAUGCGCAAGGUGAAGUACACUCAGCAGAAUUUUUAUGAUAAGCUAUCUACCAUAAUUGAUGAGUUCCCCCGGCUUGAUGAUAUUCAUCCGUUCUACGGGGAUCUCCUCCAUGUGCUCUACAACAAAGACCAUUACAAGCUUGCACUUGGACAAAUCAACACUGCUAGGAAUCUUAUCAGUAAGAUUGCCAAAGACUAUGUGAAAUUGCUGAAGUAUGGUGACUCACUGUAUCGGUGCAAGUGUCUUAAGGUGGCUGCUCUUGGCCGCAUGUGCACUGUGAUCAAGAGGAUUGGCCCGAGUUUGGCUUAUCUAGAACAAGUCAGACAGCACAUGGCCAGGCUCCCUUCAAUUGAUCCUAAUACCAGGACUGUCUUGAUCUGUGGAUAUCCAAAUGUUGGCAAGAGCUCGUUUAUAAACAAAAUUACAAGAGCUGAUGUCGAUGUCCAGCCCUAUGCUUUCACUACAAAGUCUCUCUUUGUUGGUCACACAGAUUAUAAAUACCUGAGGUACCAAGUAAUUGAUACACCAGGGAUUCUGGACAGGCCGUUUGAAGAUCGUAAUAUUAUUGAGAUGUGCAGUAUCACUGCUCUAGCACAUUUGAGGGCGGCAAUAUUGUUUUUCUUGGAUAUUUCUGGGUCUUGUGGUUACAGUAUUGCUCAGCAGGCCGCUCUGUUUCACAGCAUUAAGUCAUUGUUCAUGAACAAGCCACUGAUCAUAGUUUGCAACAAGACCGACUUGCAACCGCUGGAUGGGAUAUCGGAGGAAGAUAUGAAGUUGGUUACGGAGAUGAAAGCUGAAGCCAUGAAGACUAUAGUUGGUCAAGGAGGUGAGGCAACAAAUGAAGACGGUGUAUUGUUGACCAUGAGCACUUUGACAGAAGAAGGGGUAAUUGCUGUAAAAAAUGCUGCAUGUGAAAGGUUAUUGAAUCAGAGGGUAGAAAUAAAGAUGAAAUCAAAGAAAAUGAAUGACUGCUUGAAUAGGUUUCAUGUUGCACUACCAAAGCCUCGUGACCAGAAGGAAAGACCAUCAUGUAUUCCUGCAGCAGUUUUAGAAGCUAAAGCUAAGGAAGCCGCUGAGAAGGAAAAGAGAAAAACUGAAAAGGAUCUGGAGGAUGAGAAUGGUGGGGCUGGUGUAUACUCAAUGAAUUUGCGAAAGAGUUACAUUUUAGCCAAUGAUGAAUGGAAAGAGGAUGUACUGCCUGAAAUCUUGGAUGGACACAAUGUUUAUGAUUUCAUUGAUCCUGAUAUUCUUCAUAGGGUUGAAGAGUUGGAAAGAGAAGAAGGGAUGAGAGAGGCAGAAGCUGAGGAUGAUGAUUUUGAGAUUGAUGGAUCUGAGUUGACUCCUGAACAGCAAGAAGCUUUAGCUAAGAUUAGGAAAAAGAAAAGCUUGCUCAUCCAGCAGCACAGGAUUAAAAAGAGCAAUGCAGAGAGUAGGCCAACUGUUCCUAGAAAGUUUGACAAGGACAAACAGUUCACGUCAGAGAGAAUGGGAAGACAGCUGUCAUCUUUGGGGCUUGAUCCCACUUUGGCAAUUAAGAGAAUGCGCAGCAGAUCUGUCUCUACAAGAGGACGGAAAAGGGAGAGAUCACCUGAAAGAGGUGCAGAUGGCCGAGAUGGUAUGGAUAUUGAUGGAGAUACACCUAGCAAAAAACAGCGACUGAGUAGAUCACUGUCACGGUCUAGGUCACUGUCACGCCCACCACAUGAAGUUGUUCCUGGUGAAGGUUUCAAGGAUUCUGCUCAAAAGGUCAAGGCAAUUAAACUUGCAAAGAAAUCUGUCAAGAAGAGAAACAAGGAUGCCCGUCGCGGAGAAGCUGAUAGAGUCAUACCUACUCUGAAGCCCAAGCACUUGUAUUCUGGGAAGCGCUCCAGUGGCAAAACUGAUAGACGCUAGGACUGGGGAUGCAGUUUUCUGCAAUUUAGAGGGGCAUUUGUUGUCAUUUUUCUGCAGCUGCCUAAAGUUUUGUUGUUUCAUUUAUUAGUUUUCGUUGGAGUUUAAGGUGCCAUGAUGGCAACUGAGUUAAGUUUACAUUAUACUGUUUUUGUCUCAUUUUAUCAUUACUGUUAUUGAACUUGCUAUUCUGUAAGUUGCAGCAUUAUAGCUUACUUUCUUGUUCUUUA